GGUAGAUCUUUAAAUUCCUGGUUGCUUCAUCCCCUUGUAUCACCUAGGACUAGGAGAUUAGUGAUAAUAAGAGUACUACUUCCAGAGAGGAAAUCAAAGAACCAUGGCAGAGGGUAGUGCUACUAACCUGAGUCUAAGAUGGUCUCUUAAAGGAAUGACUGCCCUUGUCACCGGUGCAACUAAAGGGAUCGGGCAUGCUAUUGUAGAGGAACUGGCCGGGCUAGGUGCAACAAUUCAUUUUUGUGCACGGAACAAAGACGAUAUUGAUAAUUGCUUGAAAGACUGGGAGGCAAAAGGUUAUCAAGUCAGCGGUUCAGUCUGUGAUGUUUCCGUUCCAGCUGAACGCGAGGAAUUGAUGAAAACGGUUUCAACUUUUUUUUGUGGAAAGCUCAACAUCCUUGUAAACAGUGCUGCUUUAUACAUAUUCAAAAAUACCCUGGACUUCACGGCUGAGGAUCACUCAAAAGUCAUCACUACAACCUUGGAUUCUGCUUAUCAUUUCUCAACACUUGCACACCCUCUCUUGAAAGCAUCUGGUUCAGGAAACAUUGUUUUCAUUUCCUCGGUUGCUGGAGUCGUUGCUUUACCUAUGUUGUCCAAUUAUUCAGCUUGUAAAGGAGCAAUCAAUCAAAUUACCAAGAGCUUUGCAUGCGAAUGGGCCAAAGACAAGAUUCGUGUCAAUUGCGUUGCACCAUGGGUUAUCAGAACUCCACCUCUGGAACUGAGGCUACAAGACAAGGAAUAUGUAGACAGUAUCAUUGCAAGAACCCCAAUCCGUCGCAUAGGAGAACCAAAGGAUGUUUCAUCUCUUGUUGCUUUCCUAUGCCUCCCAGCUGCUUCUUACAUAACUGGCCAAGUUAUUUGUGUAGAUGGCGGAUUUUCGGUUAAUGGUUUCCAUCCACUACAUGACUAGUAAAAAUAAAAUCAGAUUUCCAACAAUUUUAAGCUAUCAAAGAAUAAUUGUAAUGUCCAAUGCAAGAAAAAAUAUUUUGGUUUUGUUUAA